UCAUGUGAAACUGCGGCUGGCUGAUGCAAAGUUGCACGUUUGGAGCAGGAGACGUCACCGGUGUCCGCUUCUAACGGAUAAUUUAGAUUUUUUUUUUAUUAAACUGCCGAUUUUCGUUCUCAACGAGCUGGCUUUAGACGUUAGCCGACAUGGCGACGGAGAUAACUAAGGGUGUGGACCAAGUGUCGGUCGGUGAGCUGUACGUCUCUGACAAAAGUGGCAGUGACCAGGAUGGAGACGGGUCGGAGGACAAACCCUUCAAAACUCCCCUCGAGGCUCUGCGGUCUGCUGGGAAGGAGCCGUUCCCGACCAUCUACGUGGAGUCUCAGAAGGAGGGAGAGCGCUGGGCGGUGAUCUCAAAGACCCAGAUGAAGAAUGCUAAGAAGGCCUUCAACCGCGAGCAGAUGAAGAACGACGGCAAAGAGAAAAAAGAGGCUGAGGACAACGAGAGGAGGGAGAAGAACAUGGAGGAAGCCAAGAAGAUCGUGAUUGAGAAUGAUCCGAGCCUACCUGAGGCUGAGGCGGUGAAAAUCCAUAAGCUGGAGGCCAAGCGAGGUCAGAGGGUGAAAGUGUUCGGCUGGGUUCACCGCCUGAGGAGGCAGGGAAAGAACCUGAUGUUUAUCGUGCUGCGAGAUGGAACUGGUUUCCUCCAGAGUGUCCUGUCUGAUAAACUGUGUCAGUGCUACAACGGGCUGGUGUUGUCCACAGAGAGCACUGUAGCUCUGUACGGGACCAUCACUCCGGUUCCUGACGGGAAACAGGCCCCCGGUGGCCACGAGUUGCACUGCGACUUCUGGGAGCUGGUCGGGUUAGCUCCUGCAGGCGGCGCCGACAACCUGCUGAACGAAGAGUCUGAUGUGGACGUCCAGCUGAACAAUCGGCACAUGAUGAUCCGAGGGGAGAACAUUUCCAAGAUCCUGCGGGUGAGAUCGACAGUUACCCAGUGCUUCAGGGACCAUUUCUUCAGCUGCGGAUAUUACGAGAUCACCCCUCCCACGCUGGUGCAGACUCAGGUGGAGGGCGGCUCCACACUGUUUAACCUCAACUACUUUGGUGAGCAGGCCUACCUGACCCAGUCCUCCCAACUCUACCUGGAGACCUGCCUACCUGCCCUGGGCGACACCUUCUGCAUCGCCCAAUCUUACCGAGCUGAGCAGUCCCGAACCCGCAGACAUCUGUCCGAGUAUACUCACAUCGAGGCCGAGUGUCCCUUCAUCACAUUUGAGGACAUGCUGACCAGACUAGAGGACCUGAUCUGUGAUGUGGUGGAUCGGGUUCUCAAAUCUCCUGCUGCUGACCUGCUCUACGACAUCAACCCAGACUUCAAACCUCCAAAGAGACCUUUCAAGAGGAUGAACUACACUGAGGCCAUUGAGUGGCUUAAAGAACACGAUGUCAAGAAGGACGACGGGACCUACUACGAGUUUGGAGAGGACAUCCCUGAAGCUCCGGAGAGGCUGAUGACCGACUCCAUCGAUGAGACCAUCCUGCUCUGUCGUUUCCCCGCUGAGAUCAAAUCCUUCUACAUGCAGCGCUGCCAAGAGGACCGCCGCCUCACCGAGUCGGUGGACGUGUUGAUGCCAAACGUCGGGGAGAUCGUUGGAGGGUCGAUGCGUAUCUGGGACUCCGAUGAGCUUCUAGAGGGAUACAAGAGGGAGGGAAUCGACCCGGCUCCAUACUACUGGUACACAGAUCAGAGGAAGUACGGCACGUGUCCGCAUGGAGGCUACGGUCUGGGCCUGGACCGCUUCCUCACCUGGCUGCUGAACAGACACCACAUCCGGGACGUCUGCCUGUACCCACGCUUCAUCCAGCGCUGCCGGCCCUGAACGCAACCAGCACAGCUCAAACGUCUGGAUCACAGCAGGCAGUGGCAGCGCCCCCUAGAGCUAAUAUGUGUCGCUGCAUAUUAAACCAAUAGAAUUCCUAGUUUUCAUCUCUCACCGGGUCAAAGUGAAACUCUGAGGGCCUUACAGUGAACACCACAGGUUCCUCAGUCAGUCAGGCGCUCAGUAGCAGAUUAUUUUACCAGGAAUAUUCCGUCUCUCACAAUAAAAUGAAUUGAAUGUGGAUUUACAUGACUUCACUGUUCAGGUUUACAGGAUAAUUAUGGUUCAAUGUUGGUUUUAUUCACCAAAAUAUGAAGGUUGAUACGUAGCAGAGAAGGAAAGUGUUUUAUCUGCUGAGAAAUCAAAGCUCCAGAAACCAGUUUUCCUUCUUUAAGAUGCAAGACAAAUAACCUGGGAUUAUUACUGACUGACUGUCACAAAGUUUAUUUCCAGCAGACAGUUUAAUGCUUUUUGCAGCAUUUUGUGACUGAAACCCGUACAGAACCCAGAGGUAGAGGGAAAGUUCUGGUCUAACUGGUUCGUUGUCUCAUUCUGCAUCUUCACCUCAUCCUGCUGAAACUGCUCUGAAAUAAAAUGUGAUUUAACCAGGA